GGAAAUUUUUCCCGAGGAAGAGCCGUCUUCUGGACAGUGGGGCCACACCGCUUCCCUUCCAAAGGCACUGGAUUCAGCGUUCGACCCGGACAAAGAGCUUCGUGAUUCCGCUCUCCCGGCCUCCGAAGAGGAGCAAGUCCCUCGUGGCCCCGGUGCAGAAAACAUGAGCAGAAAGGACCUAGGACUUGUCAAGCCGGUCUCCUCUUCCCCCAGAGCUCCCCGGAGAAGCCGCGGGAGGCACGACGAGAGCCCGAACUCCAAAGAGGAAGGAAUCGGAGAGCCAGGGCCUGCCGGGCACCAGAGGCGAGGCGCUCGGGAGGCGGAAGGCCCUACGGAUCCGAAGAGGCCUCACAGGAGGGGGAAAUGCAAGGUGGCCGCUCUCCUCAAACGGAAGAACCAAGGCGUGUGCCCUUACUGCGGGAGGUCCUUCUGGUCGGAAGGUCGCCUGGUCCCGAAACGGGAAGCGGGAAGGCCCUACAACUGUGGGAUCUGUGGACGGGGCUUCGCCCGGCCCCUCCUCCUCAAAGCCCACCUCAAAUUCCACACCAAAGCGCCGCCCUUCUUCUGCGGCCUCUGUGGGCAGACCUUCGAGGAGGUGGCUCACCUCAGCGCCCACCUGAGCACCCACACCCAAGAGAGUUGUCACCUCUGCCCGCAGAGCUUUCCCCCGGUGGCCCGGCUCACCGAUCGCCUGCCGACCCACCGGGGCCUCAGGCUCUUUAGGUGCUCCAAGUGUGGAAAGAGUUUUACCCAAAGAGCCCGUCUCCUCCUCCACCAAAACGUCCACCGCGGCCGGAAGCCCUACUUCUGCCUCAGUUGUAGGCGGUACUUCCGAUUUCAGUGCGAGCUGAGGAAACCUCUCUGCCCCGCCUAGGCUGGAAGGCUUUCCCUUUCCUCUCCAGAGAAUCACAGCUGCCCUUCGUUUUUUUUGGCUGGGGCUUUGAGCCUGAGCUCAGAGGAAGAGAUGGACGUCUGGGGGAGAAAGUGGGUGGGCUUGUAAGUGGUUAAUGAAGUCCAGUUCUGGUCCUGGCUCUCUUUCCCCGAUCCAUCGUCUUCCUGGUUGAGGAGGCAUCGGGAGAGGAAAUUGGGUGAGGAUGGGAAUCUCUGACGUCUUAAGGGGCAAAACUGACAGGUUUCCUGCUUUGUUUUCCCCCUCCCCUUUAUGGGUCUGACUCUUCUCUCACACACACAUACACACUUGGGUCUUUCUCAUAACUUAAGGGAAGCAGUGCCCCUCUGCAUAAUUGGAGCUUCCCCGGGGAAACUCGUCCCUUUCGCAGUGGAGAGUUAUCUUUUAGUCUUAAGUGCCCCCCGCCUUGCCGGGCAAAAAUAUCUUUUGCCAGAACCUGGCACAGGAGCCUAGGGUGUGUUUAGAUAAUAUACGGUGUGUUUUUUUAAUACUGCAUGAAAUAAAUGUAUGCCUUCAGAAAUGA